UGGGAGACCUCACGGCUUGUGAGCGUGCGCGCCCGGUCCGGUCAGCGUGUGGCGUCUCCGCCCCGGGCUCUCGCGUCUUGCAGCCAAGCGGGAGGGAGUGGUCCUUAAUUGCCCCGACGCCACGCGGCGGCUGGAAACCCGUGGCUUGCCCGGCCGCAGCGAGUGAUGCGGAUAUCCCUCCAGGCUCUCCCCCUCGGAGUAGCCAGGGCUUCCCCAGCCCCACUGUCCAGGCCUCGCCUCCUCAAGAGGCCUGGCCAAGCUCCUGGUGUGGGGGCGCGGUCUCCCGGCCCGGAUCUGAGCAGCAGAGCCUACCCCUCCGUAUCUGCAGCCUUAUGGUCUUUCCCCUCUGGUUCCCCUUUUAAGUUGGGGUCUGACGGCCUGGCUGGAGAGAGGUUUUAAUAUCCCUCAAAUCUCUGUUAGCACCAUCCCCGUCGCCCAAAAUAAACCCAGAAGCUCAGUAAAAACGGGAUGGUUGUGACACUAAGGCAGCUUCACGAGCAGCCUCUGAGUCCUCUUCCAAUCAAAUGCAUCUGCUCCCUGCUCCCCACCCCCCGCAGCCCUUCCCCCCAGGAUAGCCGUUUAGGAGCUGAUUCGUGUGUGUGCAGUGAAUGACCCAGGAUCCGGCCGUCCCGCCCCCAGGUCCUCUUCCCUCGGGUCCUGGCUCAGGAGCCCCGGAUUUAAAAAGGCCCAGGUGCCCUGAGUUGCCAUUCCCUCCCGGGCCCUAGAGUGGCCAACCAGCCAGGUUUCAUCCUCGCGGUUUCAUCCACUCAGGAGAGGUGGGAGGAGUCUGUGGCAUCUCCUCCCACCAGCUAGUGUUGCCCCUGGUUUCCAUGGCUCCCUGGAGCUAGGCCCCAGUCUGUCCAGCAGCUGAGAAAUGGCAGAGGCUCCUGUCCCCAGCUUUGCCCUGGGCACUAGGCUGGGAGGGGUAGAACCCAUGGAGCUGGUGCUGGGUCCCACACACUGUCCCCAGCACUCCUGUCACCUCUGGACACUGGAUGGUGCUCGUCCCCUGAACCCCACUGAGGGGUGGAGGUGCCCCAACAGGGCCCCUGAGAGGAACCCGAGGUGGUCAGAGAAGGACCUGCGGGUGCAGCUGGCAGAGAGCAGGUGGCAGCGGGCCGAGCUGGCUGGCCGUCUGCGGGUGGCCCUGGAGGCCCUGGCCGAGCAGGCACGGGUGCUGCGGAGGUGGGAACACGAGCUGGGCCUGGACCGGGGCCGGAGUGGGCUGCUGGCUCAGAAGCAGAAGGGUCCUCUUCCCAGGCUGAGAGCUCCAGAAGGCCAGGGGCUGGUGCCUGUGUCUGGUGCCAUGUUCUCAGGAAGAAAGAUUGUCAGGUUCUGGGCAGGUGGAAUGUUCCCUGGCUCGCCUGGAGCAGGAGAGGCGCCAGCUGCGGGGACCCCAGGGACAGGAGGAGUGGAGGAGGGCCGACCAGGAUAUAGAAGACAAGAUCCUGCUCCUGCAGACGGAAGUGGAAAAGGCCUGGCGCCGUUUGGACCAGUUGAGCCGGGAGCCCCUUGGCCCAGAGCCCACCUUGAGGGCUUCUGGGGAGACAGUGGUGCCAGGCCUGCAGGUCUUGGAGCAGUGCCAGGAUGGGGCUGCGGCCCAAGUGCUACAGGACCCAGAUGGAGUCUCCACGGGGGCAGCCGAGGCCCCCGCCCAGGCUCAGGACACAACCUUCCUGCAGGAGCAGCUGGCCACGGUCACCCAGGUGAACAAGAGACUCUCAGAAGAGCUGGGCCGGAGCCACCAGCGACUAGGGGCCUGCUUGGAGCAGCUGCAGCAGCUGCAGGGAGAGUGGAUGGUGUUGGGCAGCCGUGUGCAGGCCCUGGAGGCAGAGUGUGCCCGGCUGCUGGGGGAGAAGUCGGUGCUGCUGGCAGUCCUGGGGGUGGCCCCGGGCCAGGAGGACUGCACACCCCAGGUCCAGGAGGUACCAGUGACCCUCAGGAAAGAGCUGGGAGAAGAGUAGUCACAUCCCAGGCUUCACGAGGAGGCUGUUGAGUACUGGAAGGCACGCUGGCACCAGGUGGCCGUUGCCAUGAAAUUUAAAGAGGAGGAACUGCAGAGCCUCCAGAGGCAGAGUGGGGUCUGCCCUCCCCAGAUCCCCAGGAGGCCAGCCCAGGACUCAGCUGGGCCAAGGGCUUCUGUGAGCAGGGAGGUGGGGCAGCCGCUAGACGGGGCCCGAGGAAGCCCUUGCUACAUCAACAUCUGUCUGAGGGGGGCCAGGAGCAGGGUGCAGGUGCUGGAGAAGAAGAAGGACCAGAUGGCUGCUGAAAUCCAGAGAUGGAAGGCACAGGCCCCUGCAGAGACCCCAGGCCGGCUCCCAGAGUUGAGUGGAAGGUGGGCUCCAUCCACGCCCACACCCCAUCCAGCCCCUGUGGGGGUCUGGGUCAGGCUUGGCUUCUCUCUGGGGACCAGGCUGGCGUCCACCCUGAGUGGGCAUCAGCCUGGCCUCCCAGCCUGUGGGUGAGGCCACUGUGGAAUCCUCCUGGGGCCGACAGGAGGCAGCAUUCCGCAGAGCACAGAGGUGGGUGGGGUUCUGGUUCCAGCUCUUCUGUGGACUGGCCAAGCCCCCUACCAUCUAUGGGGCUCAGGUUCCCAUCUGUACAUGGCGAUUGUGUUGGAUGGGCUCUGAGGAGUUCUGACACUCAGCGAUUCUGUGACCCUAUUCAGCCUAUCAGUUAGGUCCCUGGCACUGGGCCAGUCUCUCCAGCUCUGGGUCUGUGGGAAUUCUUGAUAACAGGGCCUACAUCCCAGCUGAGUGGCACACUGGCCUUGGGAAGGCUAGUGAUACUCAGAAUGGAGGGGGAGGGCAGAGUCCUGCUCUCCCUGUCAUGCCUGAGUAGCUUUGACCCCCCCCCAGAGUCAAGGCCUGCAGGAGAGCUGAAGUCUCCAGGGUGGGCUCCACCAGCGGCUGAGGAGAGAGCUCAGGGAUAGACUGGGAUGGAGCCGCCACAGGCCCCACCAGAGACUUCCCUGCAGGAGAUGGGCUCGGAGCUGGCCCAGAUGCAGGCUGAACUGGAGAAGGUCUGGGAUGUGCUGAAAGCUCGGGACUCGGAGCUGGAGGCUCAGCAGCAGGCCCUGGAGGCUGCCCAGAGCCAGGUACUCAGCCCUCUGCCCCCUAAUCUGUGCCUCUGCCAGGUCUGCAUGACCAGGGAGGGACCCACGAUUUCCUCCAUGCCCUGCCCCUGGGGCUCAUGGUGGUCAUCGACCUUCUCUUCUCCACACUCGGUCAAGUUUCUCAGUCAUCACUCCUCAUGCUGGGCAAGCCGGGGCCCAGCUGAGUACUGGGGGGCUAGAGGAGAUGGGCGCUCAGGCCCGGGAUUGUGCUCAUCUCUCCCCACACCCCCCUUACUGCAAGCUGGCAGAGAGCUGCAUUGAGAAGCAGAGGCUGGAGCAGCAGCUGAGGACUGUGGAGCAGGAGCUGGUGGAGAAAAAUGUUCAUCAGGCCUCAGAGCUCUUCUCCCGAGGACCUGGGGGCAGGUAGGAAGGGGACAUUUUGGGACAUGCUGGAGAGAAUCCUCAUCCCAUUGGGAUGGGGUGGGGAGGAUGGGGCUGGGACUGCAGGCUGGGGAGCUGCCAGGCCUGGGCCAGACAUAACUCCUGAAGAGGUCUUCAUCUUGGAGAUCCUGCAUGGAGGAGCUACAUGGGGCAACAGGAGGUGGUGCAGCUCCCAGCAACAUGGGCUCCAGCGCCUGGGGGACAGGAGCCUCUGGCCACCUCCCAGCCUC